AACUGGCGAACUGAAGCGCCAUGCAGUAGCCGCGACAACUCAAACGGAAGACUCGGGCAUUCGCACGUGGGCCUUCGUCGGCGUCGGUUGCGUUUUGCGCGCGCUCUCGAUCGCAAAAAAAAACCGAGCACUGUUCGUAGCGCGUGGUGGACUAACGUACUGGCCGAAAACCACUCUGGAUGUAACAAGGUGCCUACAAUAUUUCCGAGUAUUCCUCUAGCGAGCCGAAUAGUCGUCUUUCCGAUAGUGCAUCGUGGUUCAUACAGAUCACGCGGAUUCCACACGGGCGGAAGAUCCCUCCUAACCUUGGUGUAUAGUACUGUUUGUGUAUCGUCAUUUUGGGAUUAUCACGGCAAUAGCUGCAGUGCGACAAACGAACGUACACAGUGCGUAAAAAAAACAAUAGGGAGCGUUCCGUGUCUAAAUGCUGCACGGCUUGUGGUGUUAUUAACGUUGACCGAGGUACCAAAGAACGUGUCAAGAUUGAGCAAGUCGUUGUUCCGUCUGGCGGUGAUCUCGCCAAAAUUUGGAGGAUGCUGAUGCCGGGUGCCGCGGGUCUCGGUGUGGGCGCCGUGGGUGCUGUAGGUACUGUGAGUGCCCCAGGACCCGACGAAUUGGUACAAGGAUUGGGGGCCCUCGCCGGUACUACGCCGCAGCAAAAGGACACGACAUGGACGAAGCUGUUCGUCGGUGGCUUGCCCUAUCAUACCACCGAUAAAAGUCUCAGGGAACACUUCAACGUUUAUGGGGAUAUCGAGGAAGCGGUCGUCAUCACGGACAGACAGACUGGCAAAAGCAGGGGCUAUGGCUUCGUAAUUAUGGGAGAUAGACCGGCGGCGGAGAGGGCAUGCAAAGAUCCUAACCCUAUUAUCGACGGUCGCAAAGCAAAUGUAAACUUGGCCAUUCUCGGAGCUAAGCCCAGGGGUAACUUGCAAACGACAUUCCCGUUCGCUGCAGGCAUCCGGGCUGGUUAUCCAACAGUGCUUCCCGGACAAUACGGAGUACCGCCGGGCUACGUGUACCAGUCGCCCUACCUGGCGGCUGCGGCGCCAGGUGGUCUGGUACCGCUGCCGACGACGCAGUUGAGCCACGCAGCCGCCGUCGCCGCGGCAUCGCAGUUCUACGAGUACCAGAACGCGGCGGCAGCCGCGGCGAGUUACCCGGGCACCUCGUACAACUUCGCCGAGGCGUAUCCGUACACCACCGCGGCCGCGGCUGGUACGUGUUUGAAUAGUGUCCAGAGCAAGGGUAGCAACUAUCCGAUACACCACCACCAAGCCCACCAACAGCAACAGCAAAACGGACCCGGUGCGACGUUGGCGCAUCAGCAGCAACGGUUGGAGAAAACUCUCCUGCCGCAAUUUCUGCCGUCCGUGCUGCGUGAUUACGCUAAUGCAGCCGCGGCAGGUUACGUGGGACCGUACACGUACGCGACUUUGCCAGGUGCCGCAGGACUACCGGCAGCGGCAGCGGCGGCGGCAACGGCAGCUGGAGCAGCUUUCCCAGGCUUACCGUAUCAGACAACACCUCAGGAGGCCAGAUUGCAAUAAAGCUUUAGCAUUAGACCGUCACGAGAUAGUUGCAGCUAAGCCUUCUACGAGACAGAAACGGGUGACAGAGCUGCGCGACACAUUCGAUCCUCGAUUGUCGUCUUCGGGGAUCAGCUCAUCAUCUUCCUCGUUAUUAGUUAUUUUUCGAGAAUUCUAUAUGUUCCUGAUUACGUCUCGCGAAUAUGUCGGAAUACACCAACCGCGAGAAUCGCAAGAGGCGAAGAGGAUGAGCCUCGACGAAGCGACAGACCGUCAGUGACCCGCAACUUCUCGCUAACAAUCUGUACUCUUCCCUUUUCGCCUCCCCGAUCGAAUCUUCCUCUCCCUUCUCCCAUAGAGCCUGGAUAACUGGCGCGCUCGACCAACAUAACGUGGAAUUUUAGAAAAGACGCAACGAUUUUUAGAGUUACGAUUAUAAUUAUAACGAUCGCUCGUUCGGGAAAGUGAUCCUCGACGUGCGAACGAUUCGGAACUUGAGAGCCGAAAAAAGAGGCUUAAGUGAACGUACUUUGGUCCGUAUUCAAAAGCUAUGUGCGUGAAAGGCCUAUUAUUGGGUUUCGAACAUCACGUUAUUCUAAUAUUUGAUGUGUAUUCUAAAAUGUCACAACCGGGCGAUGUAUCGAAAUGUAUAAUAACUACACGUUAUGAUUUUUGAAACAUAUCUUGAUUUUUAAAUUUAUCGAAUAUUAUAAUUCUGUGCUCCUAUACAUUUUCGUCGGUGGUUCCUAAAUCGAACGUAUCGUUCGCGAAUACGAAUUCUGUAAGCAAUCUUAACGGUGUCAUUCGAGAAACUUCUCUUCAGAGAACAUUCGUAGUUAUGACACACGAUAUGUCUUCGACAAAGUUAAUGCGCUAAAAAUAUAUCGACGAAGAUUAAUGCGAGAAGUCCGCGUAAUAGUUUUAGAAUCAGUUACAGAGAUGCGCGUUUUCGGAGAGAACGUGUUUUAAAUUUUAGUUAAAUUUUAAGUAGAUCAUAAAAAACGUAAUGAUAAAUAAAAUUUCUAGUGCUAUAAGUUGUUAAGUUAUAUUUUCACGCGCGUUUUCCGAUGAAGAAAAAGGUCGCGUUUGUCUGUAAUGGAUCAACUUUUAGGAUAACGCCUUAGGAAAGCGAGAGACGGAAUUUAUAGCCUCCUUGGCGAAUAAGAAUUUGCUAUUAAUAUAAAUAUACAUGUUGAUAUGUUCACAUAUAUGUAUAUAGUUAUAAUAAUUAUAAUAUGUAAUAAUU